AUGAGGUUUCGAAAUCGGUUGAAACAAUUAGUCUCCGUAUGCUUAAUCUUUGCAGUGGUUCUAGUUCUUCAUUACCGCAGCAGAUCAAGCCAACAACCAAAAGUUAAACCAAAUCACAAAUUCGAUUUGGUCAAGAAUCGAAAUAAUUUUGAAAACCCUGUUCUUUCUCAAUGGACAGCUCCUACUAAAGCUCAGCGAGUCAUGACUCUACCGUUAAAAGACAGAUGUGAUUUGUAUUUCAAUAGUGCCAAAGAUGUUGAAUUUGAUUUGAACUUUUGGAAGAGUUUCAAACCUGAUCCGCGUGUAUAUAAGCGCAAGAAAUGGAUUAGAGAUAGAACGAGACUGGAAAAGAGGAAAUAUAAAAAGACUUCGGAAUGGAAAGAGGAAUAUGAUAAGGAAAUUGCUCGAGAAUUUACUAGUAUUGCCAAAGAGUAUUCUGAUUUGGAGAAGAAGAUGUUUAAUGAAUUGGGACAUAUGAAAAUUUUUGGAAAAUGUUAUGGUACUGAGGUUAAUUCCAGUGCUAAAUGCGAAGAUUUACAACUGAAGUUGUACCCCUGGUUGACCAAUAAGCCACCAUUGGUCACAAAUGCCGACGGUGAAGUCAAACAGAAUGACUUUCAAGGGUGCAUCACUCAGUCAUUGAUUGGAAAUAAGGGAAAAGGUAUUGUGAUACCUACACAACCAAAACAAGUUGAUAAUAUUUGCCGCUUACUCAAUUCAUUGAUUGUUCUUGAAAAUAAAUUGCCGGUUGAAAUUGCAUACUUGUCACUUUCUGAAGAUGAAAAAUCAAAGAUUGUAAAUGCAGCACGGAAUUCGACAACUUUUGUACAACAAAUUUCAUUUGUUGAUAUGACUCCAUCUUUGCAGUUGGGCAAAUUUCCAUUCUUAAAAUCAGAUGCAAAUGAGUUACUCCUUUCGACAUUUAGCUUAAUUUUCAACUCGUUCGCUGAAGUGGUGUUGUUGACAGGAGACGCUAUUCCUUUGAACGAUCUCGAGAGACUAUUCCAAAAUCCAAGGUACAAGUCGAGUGGAAGAUUCUUUUUCAGAUCACGGCCAUACCUAGAUCGAGAAAAGUUUACCCCUGGAUUUCACGAAGUUGCUUCUUUGGUCAAGCAUCAUUUGCAACCAACUAUUCAAGAACGAGAUUUCUUUAACCUCCAAAUGCCAGUUCUGACAAUAGCUACAGCAAGAUUCUUUCAACACCAUUCCAAAAACAUCAUUGACCCAAGUUUAGUUCUUGCAAACAAAAGUUCUUGUUUAUCCGGUCAUCUCAUCACCAUAAAUAUGCAUUUUUACAAUAUUUUGAAACUUAGACUUACUCAUAGCUCCAUGUACGAUUUGAUUUGGAUUGGACAAGGAUUAUCGGGACAAGAGGUUACCUUCAACAACAAUUACCCAGUAAUGGCUGGUAUAUACACUCCAGAAGAGAAUAUUCCACGAGAUGCCAAACAAACAUAUGAAAUUUGCUCAUCAUCAAUGGCACAAUUAUCGGAAGCUAAUGAUGUUUCACUCUUGUACAUUACAUCAGAUCAAUUACAGAACUGGCUCCGGUACACCAAUUCAAUGACUUCCGUUUUUGAACAGAAAUACGUGACGAAAUAUACUGAAAUGGUGGCAAAUUUGUUCGAUGCCAAUGAUCCCAACAAGACAGAAAUGGUACGGGUCAAUUAUGAUCAAGUGACCAAACUUACACGCAAUCCAUUGCUUAUAGAACAUAUAAUUAAACCACCAGCAUUGACUAGCAUUGUUUAUGUGCACAGUUUUGAAGAGCCUAAUGAAGCAUGGGUUGAGGAACCGAAACUUGUUUCUGAACGUAUGAGACAUGAUGGUAAGAAAAUUUAUUGUGCUUAUGAUACAGUGGGGAAUCCAUUGGAAGAAGGAGUUAGAGGAUUGACAAUCAAUGUUGAUGAUGAACUGAUUGCAAAGUAUGAUAAGAUUACUAGAGCGUGGAUGGGAGUGUAG